GGGCGGUCUUCUAGGCCGGAAGGGGCGGGAUUUGACGGCGGCGGCAGAUCGCGAAGAAUGGAUACCGCCUUCACGUUGCUUGCCGGCAGCUCGCGCCGGCUAGUGGCCGAGCUGCGUGACGCCCUGGACUCCUGCGCCGAGCGACAGCGGCAGCUGGAGCGGAGCCUGCGAGUCUCCCGGCGGCUGCUGCGUGCCUGGGAACCAGCCGAGACCCUGGCUCCGGAGCCAACCCCAGGGCCAGAAACUAAUGAAGAGGCCCCAUCUGCAGCAUGCAUACCCAGCCCGCAAGACCUCAAGGAGCUGGAGCUUCUGACCCAGGCACUGGAGAAGGCUGUACGGGUGCGAAAAGGCAUAUCAAAGGCUGGAGAAGGAAACAAGGCCCCCAGCCUGAAGUCUGGAUCCAUUGCCACUUCCCCUGCCACCAGAGCCUCUUACCCACCCAGCACCUCACACAGGGCUGGCAGCCGUGCAUCAGAGACAAAACCUCCCAGGGGCAUCCUCCAAACCAGGGUGCCUACCAAGGACCUCCCUGAGCGCAGGCGUCUGUCAGUGGGGGAUCAGGCCUGUAUGGGGCAAGGGACUGGAGCCACCAAGCCUAAAUCAGGCCUCAGGAACGAACAAAUAGUCCUGUCGGCUGCUUCUCAGGCCCCAGAAGCUUUUACACUCAAGGAUAAGGGGAUCCUGCUGCAGCUGCCUGAGGCCUUCAGGAAAGCGGCUUCCCGGAAUUCCCGCCUGUGGGCCCAGCUCAGCUCUACACAGACCAGUGAUUCUGUGGAUGCUGCUACCACCGCCAAAACGCAGUUCCUCCAGAAAAUGCAGACAACUUCAGGCUGGCCUGGCCCCAGGCUCAGUGCCACCGAGGUGGAGGCAGAGGUGCGGCACCUGCAGAAGGCCUGCUUGCUGCUAAGACUUCGAAUGGGGGAAGAGCUCACGGCAGACCCCAAGGACUGGAUGCAGGAGUACCGCUGCCUGCUCACCUUGGAGGAGCUGCAGGCCAUCGUGGGGCAGUGUCUCCACAGGCUGCGGGAGCUAUGCACAGUGGUGGAACAGCAGCUGGGGCCGUGGCCUGAGGGGAGGUUCCCCAGGGCCUCCUUGCCCUGUGGAGGAGGAGCAGACCCUAUCUGGAGCCCCCAGUUGCUUCUCUACUCUAGUACCCAGGAGCUGCAGACCCUGGCGGCCCUCAGGCUGCGGGUGGCCAUGCUGCACCAGCAGAUCCACCUGGAAAAGGUCCUGAUGGCCGAACUCCUCCCCCUGGUGAGCAAGCAGGAGCCGCUGGGGCCACCCUGGCUAGCGCUGUGCCGGGCUGUCCACAGCCUGCUCUGUGAGGGAGGCCAGCGCUUCCUCACCAUCCUACGAGAAGAUAAGCCUGCUGACUGAGCCCUUCCCAUGGCCAGGCCCACCCCCAGUCCCCCAGAACCCUGCAGCAAAGGCAGGCUGGCUCUGCCUCUAGCCUGACUGUCGGUGAGAGCCCCCCUUCCCUAGGAGGAAUCAAAUGAAUGGGCAUUGAGGGGACUUUCACUGGUACAGUGAGCCAGGGGCCCAGAGAUGCUUGUACCCCCUUAGGAAACCAGGUUUCCAAGGGGCGGGGACUGCCCCCUGGCUCUUCCUGAGGAACUUAGGGCCUUUCUAAUGGCUGCUAAAGCUGCUGGUCAGGGCUCAGCUUGGCUUGGCUUUCCACAGGCUCAGGAGACCUGAGACUGGUGGGGGCUUUUCUUAGCUACUUCUGUUUUCUCUUGCUGUACACUUAAAAGCUACUUGUGUGACAUUAAAACUACUUUAGAAAGUUUAUAUAUUUAAAUCAUA